UACAAAGGGUUUAUCUCGAAAGGGAUGAAGGCUUGGGCUGACUACAGCUUCGUUUUGAAGGCAAAUCUGGUUUUGAGCAGAGUUUGUGCUUGUAUUUGUUGGUUUGUUUGAGUGUCCUUGACUCUGAUUUUUCUGUCUCAUUUUAUAGACACUUUGGCUUGGCCUCCUGUAGCAAUAAUCUUGCCCGAAUGCAGUUUUGAAGGAUAGUGACUCAUCAGCUAUUUACUUGUAUUGCCACUAUAAAGUACUUUUGGGCUGAUUAGUUGGCUGGUCUAUACCACUUGGCCCUUGGGUAGGUGAGCAAGUGGUGCAAAUGAUCUGCACCUAGUCAGGAAAGGCCUUUUCUGCCUUCUGGGCUUGGGCUGAGCUUUGGGCUUUUCUCCUCUUUUUGGGCCAACUCCCUUCUAAGCCCAAAGUUUAAGUUUUAACCCAAACAGGUUGUAAAGUGAAACCUCAACUUCUUUUAUGGUAUCAAAGCAGAUUAUCUCACAUAUGAAAUCUAACGACCACAUGUGCUCCACACCAUCCCAUUUGUAUCGUCUAUUUGUAUUUUAAUUUCUCACACUUUUUUGUUUUUUGUUUUACUAUCGAAUUGAAUAAAUCAAACGAAAACACUAAUGAUAAUCAGAGUGUGAGAGGUUAAAAAGCCAAAAUAGUAGUUUGGCGCCAAACACGUGUUUUGAUUUGUUUGGUUGGUAAAAGGGGGAAGAAAAGGCGGUCCAAUUGGCAGGCGAACGAGAGGAAGAAAACUGGGAGAAGAAACAGAAAGCUGAGCAAGAAAAUGGCAGAGCGGGUUAACCUGGCAUACACUCUCGAAGAGCUCCUCAACUUCACUCUCCAAUCUUUCGUAAAUGGAACCCUGGAACUCGAUCUAGGGUUGCCCAAGGACUUCUGCUCUCAACUACUCCAACCCAAACCCGAACCCGAACCGAACGACGACCUCUUCCCCCCUUCCCCCUCCGAUACUACAGAUUGUUUUCAAGGGAUUCCACCCUACCCUUUAUACAAGCGUCUGGCAUUGGCUUUGCACGAAUCCAUAAUUUCUGGUACCUGUCUUGGCACACGUCACAAUAUGGCCUCGGAUGUUCAGGAAAGUUCCUUGAAAGAAGAAAAAAAUGGAUGGCAGAAGCUGAUAUCGGAGAAGGGAUCUGAAUUAUUCAAUAUGUUAAGGGCUGUUGACUUUGAGCUUCAUGUUCAGGAGCCUUUCUUUUCACAGCUUAAAGAUGGCCUCAAAACAAUUGAAGGAAGGUGUGCUAUUGGUGAUUACUGUAGAAUUGUCUCAGGAUCUUUGAUUCUCUUCAAUAAAUGUAUACUAAUUGAAGUUCAGGAUGUUCGCAGUUAUUCUUUGUUCUCUGAUAUGAUGGAGGCUGAGGGUCUAUCUAAAGUCCUUCCUGGUGUUGAAACCAUCGAACAAGGUGUGCAAGUAUACAGAAAGUUUUACACAGAGGAGAAGGAAAUGUCAAAUGGUGUCCUUGCGAUUAGUGUUUCAAAAUUGCCUCUCCAGCCUUGCGAUUUAUUAGCUGGCAUGCUCUUUGGAUUGAAUAAGGGAGGUCUUCAAGGCCUUCUUGGUCUGGCACAUACCACAGGGACUAUUCCAGAGGUUCUUCCCCCUCCAAAAUCUACUCUUCUGUCAUCGUUUAUGCUGCCAUAUAAAUUGAAUGUUGAACAUAGCACAUUGACUCAUGGAGCUAGGGCCCUGGCAAAACACGCAGAGCGGAGUAGCAGUAAAUAUUGGGGUACUAUAGAUGGAAACGAUUCCAAUAAAAACAGGCUUGCAUGGGAUGUGAUCAGUCGUUUAAUGACACAUUGUUGCUGGUUAAAUGUGCAUAUUGUUCAACCACAUGGCGCCAUCUUUGAAAUCAGGGUUGCUGAAGGAUAUGGUGCACGGUGGUCGAGUGAUGGUAGUAAGUUUAUUGGAUUUCUAGAGCCAUACAUGGAGCACUCAAAGAGAUGGAUGCACUAAAUAGGUUCCUCUGAUGUUGCCUUUGGCACCCUUGAUUCAGACAAGGCUUUGCGUUCUCAAGUACAAUUCUCUGAUCCCUGUCUUGAUGAAAGUUUGAAACUUGUUCCUCUUUAUUUUCCACUCUAAAUUCGCGAUGCACUUUGGGAGUACAUUCUAGCAAUUGUUCAUAUGGAUAGGCUAUCGAGAUCUGUCCUGUAACUGCGCCAGCAGUAGGAAUCAUCCACAUAAUAUCUCAGAAUCACUCACCUUUUCCGAUUUCUUGCAAUGAUCAGAUGCUGCUGUCGUCUUACAGCUCGUUUGGAUGUGCUUUUAAAAUGAUUGACAACGUUUUUGGUGACAAUGUUUUUGGAACCAAUCCUUAGUAAAAAUGCAAGUAAAUUCUGGAAAAUCACUUAAAAGUACUUUCUAAAAGAAGCACAUACUGGUGCUUCUUGCAGAAAGCACUUUAAGUGCUUUUGGAAUCAAAAAAUAUUUUCUUUAAAAGCGCUUUCAAUCAUUUUAAAAACACAUCCAAACGAGUUCAUAGUUUUCAUGUAUUUUUCUCUGGUGAAUCCACUUUUAUUACUUGCCUAGUUACCCUCUUCACUUGUUUCUGUAGUUUUCUAUUCAAGCAUGCUUCCACAUUUUCAUAGAAUUAUUAAUUCGUCUAUACCAUGCAACGCCGAAAAGAAUGUUACAUGUGAAGAAUAUUUGUAAUAUUAAUAUAUAUCUAUUUUUUAUUUUUUA